CCCCGGACGAUCGCGAGUUGCGCCUUCUGUCCCAAGGAGGUGGCCUCGCUAUCCCGGCGGGCGCUCAAGCUGCUCCCACGCCCACUGCAGUCAUGUUCGUUCCCUGCGGGGAGUCGGUCCCCGACCUAACGAACUUUACACUCCUGAUGGUGAGUCUCUACUUGAGUUGACGCGAUCGCCACCCCGACCCGGGAAGCGCCACCUGGCCUUAGGAGAGCCGGGCACAUGUUUCUGCUUCAAGCUUUUAGCUUGCAAACAAACAAACCUGGAAGUUAUCCCUAGAAGCGGCUGUCCGAUUAGCAUCUUUGUCAGCCCUAUCAAGGCCUGUCUGCUAGCUGAGACUUUCGUUGCCUGCGACCUGUAGCGUUUGUAGAUUGCAGAUAUAUUGCAUUCCAGCAGUAUCCGUUGGAAAUGUUGGCCAGCUUGCAAUAGAUCUGAUUAUUUCUACACUGAACAUGUGUAAGAUUGGUUAUUUCUAUACUGAUUGCCUGGUGCCAAUGGUUGGAAACAAUCCAUAUGCAACUGAAGAAGAAAAUUCAAAUGAGCUCAGUAUAAAUACUGAAGUGUAUUCCUUACCGUCAAAGAAGCUAGUGGUGCUUCAGUUAAGGUCCAUCUUUAUUAAGUACAAAUCGAAGUCAUUCUGUGAAAAGCUGCUGGCCUGGGUGGAAAGCAGCGGCUGUGCCAGGAUCAUUGUUCUCUCAAGCAGCCAUUCGUAUCACCGCAACGAUGCCCAGCUGCGCAGUACUCCCUUCCGGUAUCUGCUUACACCUUGUUUGCAAAAGAGUGUUCAGAAUAAAAUAAAGAGCCUGAACUGGCUAGAAAUGGAAAAGAGUCGGUGCAUCCCUGAGAUGAGCGAUUCUGAGUUUUGUAUUCGCAUUCCUGGAGGUGGAAUCACAAAAACGCUCUAUGACGAAAGCUGUUCUAAAGAGAUCCAGAUGGCAGUUCUGCUAAAAUUUGUUUCAGAAGGGGACAAUAUCCCAGAUGCCGUCAGCCUUGUGGAGUACCUUAAUGAAUGGCUUCAGAUAAUCAAACCCUGUAACGACGGCCCCAUGGCAUCUGCCCUGCCUUGGAAGAUCCCCAGCUCUUGGCGGCUGCUCUUUGGCAGUGGGCUUCCUCCCGCGCUGUUUUGAUCUGUUUUCAGUUUCUCCCUCAUCCUGCUGAGAUCACAAAAGAGGCUGUUGGGUGUGUGCUGUACAGAAAUUUGUGCUACCCGGGGAUGGGUUAGAAGUGAUAUUGUAAAACCUCAAAGAAAAGAGGUAGUUAUGUUUGUUAUAUACAAUAAAUGUAAAUUCUGUACAAUAAACUUUAUUACCUAAGCGGUUUUAUCUGGAAA